AAAUCGAAACGCGCAUUCGCGACGUUCCUUGCUGGAGAGGAAGACUCGGACGAAAACGACCCCUACUUCGUCGCGGUGCGUGUCCUGACCUACCAGCUUCUGCACGCCAAGGAGACAGCAUCGAGAGAUAGAAGCAUCCCGUUCGUCGUCAUGGCGACGAAGAACGUGUCCGAAUCCAAGCGCAACCGUCUGCGCAAGGACGGCGCCAUUGUGGUUGUGGGCGACUGGCUCUACGCCGACUGGGUCCAGGCGGCGACGAGCGCGUGGCGGGAUAUCAUGGUGAAGCUGCGGCUGUGGGAGCUCACGCAGUUCGACCGCAUUGCCAUGCUCGACGGCGACACUGUGCUGACGGAGCCCAUCGAUGGCAUCUUCGACGACCCGGCCGUAACGAUGCAGACCACGCUGGACCUGGCGGACGCAAUCAAGGACGACGAGCAGCCGCUGCCCGAGAAGUACGCAUUCGCGGGCAUACCGGAGAUGUCGCACGAGCACGGUUACCCUCCGACGGACGAACACCACGACUUCAUGAAUAUCAACUAUUUCAACGGCGGCUUCUUUGUCUUUCAACCGUCGCUGGAGGCGUUCAACUACUACACCUCGCUCCUCCAGAUCCCCGGCCGCUUCGACCCCAGCAUGAUGGAGCAGAACCUGCUGAAUUACGCGCACAGGAGAGACGGCAACAUGCCCUGGCAGCAGCUCGGGAACACGUGGAACAUCCAUUACCCGACCGUGGCCGACCUGGAUGGUGGCGUCAAGAGCCUACACGAGAAGUGGUGGACACCUGAGCACGCGGACCUGAAGCCGUAUCUGGAGAGCUGGAGGUGGCAGAUGAAGGGGUACUUUGAGGCGCGAGACAAGUUG